GUACGUCACUUGUACAUGCACUUAACGUACUGACGUGACAACCGAGUUUUGCUCUGUCGUACUCGGUACGGAGAAGUUGAACGUUUUCGAACGCGCGGCAGCAGUACUGAAAAGCAGUUCGUUCGAACCCCAAGAGCGGGUCCCGGAAUCAAGAAGGAGCAUCCAUGAGCGCUGUGGAGGAGCAGCCAGGCUUCUCGGCUAGCUGCUUAUGUUGAUGGUGAAGAAGAGCGUCCAGAUGGAGGUGGUGGACAGCCCGCUGAACCUGGCCCAUCAGCAGAGCAGGAAAGCCGACCGCUUGUUGGUGGCAGGCAAAUAUGAAGAAGCCAUUGCAUGUCAUGGGAAAGCUGCAGGCCUCCUGGAGGAAGCCAUAACGCUCACGCAGUGUGAACAGGCUCAGCUGUCGCUGGUGCUCCAGAGGGACAGCCACAUCAAGCAGCAGCGGCUGAUUGAGGAGAAGUGGAAGCGGGCCAGGCGGGAGGGCAAGCCUCGGGUCCUCAAGGCCAGCUCGGUCCCUUCAACGGAGCAGGUUCCGCCCUCCCGACCGCAGCCAUCUGCCUCGGGCGCCGUUGCAGACAACCCUGAGCGCGAGUACGACACCUGGCUGUACCUGCUGCAGAACAAGGGCCCGUCGCAGGAGCACUGUCCCGGCAGCAAGGCUUUGAAGGACGACAAAACCCGGCUGGAGGAGCAAGAGACUGCGAUCGCAGAGCUCCGCAAGCUGGUGGACGACCUGCUGGCCAAGAACGAGCGGCUGAUGCAGGAGAACCUGCGGCUGCAGGCGGAGAACGCUCGGCUGAAGAGGGAGCCGUAUGCAGACGCAGACCUGGUGGAGGGCUCGGAGCUCUGGGUCCUGCCAGAGGAGCGCAAGAGCAGGGAUAUUCCCAUCCCGCACCUCCCGCCACUGGAAAUGCCAACUCAGGACAUCUCCAUGGAGCUGCCCGAGGACAUCCGGAAUGAGCUGCAGGAGCUGCUGGACAGAGACAUGCUGUAGGAUCUGGCCACUUGCGCGUGAUGAAGGGACGCUGCGGCUCAUGGGGAUAAGGAAGCAUCUCCCUGGAGGUGUUCUGUGGUAGCCUAGCGUAUGGCGGCCACGUGGUGGUGCAAGUGCUGCUUCUCCAAGUCCCCUUGCGUUUUUUUCCUCUCCCCUUCGGCCAGCAACUCCCAGGUUCUGCAGCUCAUUCGCUCGAUAAUCUUUUGCAGGAUUUGUGCCUUUGAAUACUUCAGCAAAACUGUACGAAGGCCAAGGCAACAAGUGAAACAAGAAAAGGGACUGAUGAAGGAGCCUUUGGCUCCUUGUCGGGAAGCUCUGACGGCCAGAGGUGGUCUUUUGGCGCUAGCAGCUUAUCGGGCCGCCCACAGGGGAUGGACAGCAUGCAUGUGGUCAUCGCCACCGCUGCACAAACGCAGGAAAACGGCUUCAGCACCAAACAUUUUCAUAAGCCAUGAGUCACAACAUGUGGAUGAAAGGAGCAGCCAUUGAAAGCCUGCCGUGAGGUUAUGCUAUCUGGAGUGUUAGUGUGCACUCCUGCUCUGUAAAUAGCCAGUUCAUAUUUAUUUAUACCAAGUUUGAUUGGGGCACAGAGGACACAGGACCACCACCACCACCCCCCCAUCCCCCACUAGAAGCAAACAUCACGGCCGUAAGACAUUACAGGUGAGCAAAGGAGAUGUCUGGGACAGACUUUGAUAAAUCCAUUUUAAUGGACAAUGUAAAAGCCCUUUGAACUUCAAUGUACAAAGCCCAUAACACUUGCACUUUUAAAAUUUGAAAUUGAAGCAAGCCAUGUUUUAAAAAAAUACAUCAUUGAAUGUAUAUAUGUAUAUAUUUACACAGCAUACUAAGUUAUUUAACUUUAAAAGUUCACCAUAUUAAAUUUAACAAAAUGAGAUUUUUCAAUAAAUUACAACUUCUGUAAAUGUCUCCAUUUUACAAUGAAUACUUUUUUUUUAAUAAAAUGCAGA